AUGCUGAGCAAGCAGAUGCAGCGGCUCAGCCUGAAGCACAAGACUAUGGAGACGGCGACAACCACAGAGCUUGAGUGGGUGGAGGAUGAAAUGGCUGAGGAACAAGUAGAGCAGCCGCCCCUCUCCAAGCAGGCGCAUUUGCCUUCGCUGCUCAAGGAGCAGCACUGGAUCGAGCGGGAGACUCUCCAGACGCAGGAGAAGGCCCUUGCAUCGGCGUUCCGAAAUGCGGUGGAGGUUCUAAAGCAGUCCGUGUUGGAGGCGACUGAUCGGGCAGUGCAGAGCUCACUUUCCACAGUGGACUCUGCUAUGAAGGAGCUUUCGGUCUCUGACAUUCGCCUAGCGGCAGACGGUCGAACACCGAAGCCGCCGCAUAGCUUGAGCAUGAGGACGCAUAGCCGAAGACGUCCCGCAGCAAGCACGUCCCGAGGUAUAUGGGACACUUCCAGCACGACACUUACGCUGACUGAAGCCAUGCGACCUGCAAGUCUGACAAUGGGUGGAGCCCAGAAUCAGCCGAGGGAUGCGUUUGGCGGGAGUAUGCCUCAGCCGGAUUCCGCCUAUUUCUAA